AUGAUGAUGAUGACGAUGACACAACUCACGAUCUCUUCACGAGUAAAACGAGAAGAAAAUUAUUAUAUGUCGCAUGGACUAGGUGUAGGCCAACUUAUUUCUCUUAUUUUCGGUUUCGGAAGUUCUCUUAUGAAAGCAGUUGUUUUUACAUCUCCCCAUUCCCCGAAUCCAUGCCACAUUCAGAAAUUAUACAUUCCAACAAUUCUACUCGUUAUGCUCUUCCAAGCACUGGAAAAAAGCGGAAAUUUUUUCGCCUCAGAAGUUUUCUCUGUGCCGUUUGGCACGUCGAGGUCAACUCAUCAACUUGUAAAAUUUUUAUUCCGUUCCUUAGUUCGUCAUAAUAAAUGCACUUUCAAAAGGAAUGAAGCAUUAUUGAAAGCAGGUGCUAAAAUGAUUUUCACAACAUCAAAUUCUACACUUAAUCCUAUGAGAAAAUCUUUCUCCUUAAAGUUUUUGAACAUGAGAAACAUCUAUGAUGUUGUUUAUAUGACAAGAAGUUAUAGUCAGGUAGCAGAAAUGAUGUUGCAGUUAGCUUGUAUUAUCAGAAAUAUUCAAUCAUUCUUUACAACUAAGGAAAAAAGUAGCAAAUCCGAAGAUUAA